AUGGUGCAUUCUUACUUUGAGCAGCAAUGCAGCUUCAAAGUUGAUUAUGCCCCGGCUGUAAUCAAAAAAUGGAGAUCCACAAGAACAAAACUUCAGGUGACCUUGAUUGAUCAGGAGUCUCCCAUAGUUAAUGGUUAUUUUGCUGUUGCAACAGAGAUCCUGAAUGAUAGUGGCUGCCCUCAUACUCUAGAGCACUUAUUGUUUAUGGGAUCCAAGAAAUACCCUUAUAAAGGAUUGUUAGAUAUCCUUGGAAAUUUAGCAUGUAGUUCGACUAAUGCUUGGACAGCCACAGAUCAAACGGUUUAUACUCUCACAACCGCUGGCUGGGAAGGAUUUAGAAUGCUUUUACCUGUUUAUUUGGAUCAUCUUUUCAAUCCGACACUUACCGACUCAGCCUGCUAUACAGAGGUUUACCACGUCGAUGGAGAAGGUAAGGAGAAAGGUGUUGUUUACUCGGAAAUGCAGGGUAUCGAAAAUCAGUCAUGGUUCAUCCAGAAUUUAGAAAACCAGAGGUUGCUGUACAAAAAUUCAGGCUACAAGUCAGAAACUGGUGGUUUAACCAAAAAUUUGCGUACUCUCGAAGCAGACACCAUUAGAAAAUAUCACGCCGAUAACUAUAGGCCGGACAACUUAUGCAUCAUUGUUACUGGUUCUGUUGAAGAAAAAGAGCUGCUGGAACUCAUGGCAGAUUUUGAUUCACAACUCCCCUCUGCUCCUGAAAUCCCAAGUAAGAGACCAUUUGUCGAUACUCCUCAAGAUGGGCCUCUUGGUGAAACUAUCAUCAAGCAAGUUGCAUUUCCCGACAAGGAUGAAAGUUCUGGUGAUGUCAUUUUCUCGUGGAUAGGACCAGAUUCUAGAAAUACUGUUUUGGAUCAAGCCAUUGAAGUAUUGUUACGCUACUUAACAUCGUCUUCGGUAGCACUACUUAAUCAAAGAUUCGUUGAAAAUGACGAUCCCUGGGCUUCUGAUACAGGGUAUUCUACUGAGAGCUAUAUACGUACUGCGAUGACAAUCAAUUUCGAUAGUGUUUCAUUUGACAGAUUAUCUUCCUUGCCAGAAAAAGUACUAGUUUUGUUAAAAGAACAUUGUGAUGAAGAUAAAUUAGAUUUGGUGAGAUUGAGAGACAUGGUUGAACAAGUCAAAUGGAAGUUUGUACAUAGAUGUGAAAAAAGUCCAGAGCCUUUCUCCGAUAUUGCUAUUUACGAAUUUGAGUAUGGUGAAGACAUUCAAAAAGACUUAGUUACUUAUUGUAAGACUUUAGAUGAAUUUGAUGAACUUAUGAAGUGGGAUAUUUCCAAAUGGGUGGACAUCUUCAAAAAGUAUUUCGUUGAAAAUCAUGCUGCAAUUGUUAUAGCUGCACCUUCUGCAGAAUUAUAUGAGAAGAACAAAGAAGACAAUGAAAAAAUGCUAGAAGACAGAAAAAAAGCCUUAGGUCCUCAAGGUUUAAAGGAUCUUGAACAAAAAUUGCAGAAAGCGCAAGAAGACAACAACAAAGAGAUUCCAAAAGAAAUACUUGCUCGUUUUGACGCUCCAGAUCCUUCAAAUGUAAAAUUCAUCUUGACCGAAUCGAUCGGAUCAGGCUCAAACAAAGACGUUACAAACAAAGCUUCUGAAUCUGUUUCAAAAGUUGAGAAUGACACUCCAAAGGACUUUCCUAUGUACAUUCACUUUGAGAACUAUGAAUCUAACUUUAUUUCUAUUGAUCUCCUAUUUUCCUCUUUUGAGAUUCCAGAAAAAAGUUUACCUUUGUUAAGCGUUUUUGAAGAGUUAGCAAAAUUGGCUAUUGUUGCUGACGAUGGUACAUUGGUUCCGUACGAAGAUGUUGUCAAGCAACUCAAAAGAGAUACCAUUGAGUGUCAUUUUGGUAAUUCUUUCAACGGUAGAUUCAAGGAAUUCAUGUCUUUAUCCAUGGUUGUCAAAAGCCAAGAUUAUCAAAAAGCAAUUGAUUGGUAUUUAAAGUUACUACUUAAAACAAAGUUUACGAAAGAAAGGGUAGUAGUCAUACUAAAUAGAUUGUUGAAACAACUGCCUGAUUUGAAAAGAUCAGCCGGCUACAUGCUAAACUACUUAUACAAUAAACACUACUAUACUGAUAGGUCUUACCUGAAAUCGGUCGAAGUGAUUAGAAAUGAAGACUAUUUGAGAAAUCUGUUAAAUCGUAUUGAAGAAGAAGAAUUCGAAAAUAUUGAGAAGGAACUAAACGAGAUUAGGGAAAGUUUGUUCAAAUUGUCAAACAUUAGAGUUCUUGUUUUUGGUGAUAUAAAUAAGCUUGAUAAGCCUGUUUCUGCUUGGAGUAAAUUUGUUCAGGCAUUUUGUCCUAGUGGUAAGUUAACUGAUAUUCCAUAUCAAGAAAAAGUUUUCUCCAGAAUCGGUCAUUCCAAAUCAGAAAAUUGUUACAUUAUAUCAACUCCUGGUAUUGACACAAACCUUAUGAGAUUGAUUACUAAAACAACGACGUUUGAUUUCACUUCAGACGAUGCUUUUAAGAUUCUCCUUGCUGCGGAGUAUUUGCAAGCCGUUGAAGGACCAUUCUGGAGAGGUAUCAGAGGUGCUGGAUUGGCUUAUGGUGCCAAUUGCUAUGAUAAUCCUGCUCUAGGAGAACUAUGCUACACUAUAUAUAGAGGAGUGGAUCUACAAAACUGUUACACAGUGGCCAAAACGAUUGUUGAAGGAUAUGCUAGCGGCCAAACCCCAAUUGAUGACAGUCUUCGGAAAGGAGCAAUCAGUGCUUUUGUCAACAAAUUGGCGGACUCCCAGUCGAAUUAUUUUGAUACCGCAAGUUGUCAGUUCUACGAUGAUGUAUUAGUUAAGCGGGGACCAAACUACAACAAGAAGUUGUUGGAGAAGCUUUCUAGUAUUACAAACGAGCAGUUAAUUGAAGUUUUCAACAAAUAUUUUGUCAAUCUAUUCAAUCCCGAAAAAAGCAUAUGUUUCAUAAGUUGUAAUACAGCAAAGGCUGCUGAGAUCGGGAAGUUCUUCACAGAUCAAAAAUACAAUGUAGAUGUUGAGAAUGUUUACGUUGAGGAAGCAAGCGAUGAUUCAUGCGAUGAGGGAAGCGAAUCUGAUGAUGGAAGUCAAGGAAGCUCUGAUUCUGACUCUGAAUCUGAUUCCGAUUCUGAAUCUGAAUCUGAUUCCGAUUCUGAAUCUGAACUUGUUUAG